CGAAUGUCGAGUAAAGACAGCUAAAGUAGAAAGAAGCUGCGAUAAAAUGUUGAAGACUGUUAUACCAUUAAAUCUACGAUUUUUGACAUUGUUGAUAUUUGUCGAGGGUGCGUUCGUCGCGCAUGGAUUUUUGCCAAAUGAUCUCACAGACGAUACAGAAUCUGUUAAUAAUACUUCGAUUGAUAAUUUGACUUUGCCUGUCCUUACUAAAAUACACGUUAUUGAGAGUAAAAAAAAGAGCCGCGUGAGUAGCACAAAAUCGAAUGGAGUAGAGGUUAUUAGAAACGAUAGGUCCGAAAGUUCUCUUAGGCAAAACAGUGACAAUAAUUUGGAGGAAGAGUUCAAUAAAUCUUCAAAAAAUUUCGUUGUUAAAGUAGACAAUGAAACCAUAGAGAAUCUGCAGGACACAUCUACGACUCGUUCUACGGAAAGAAAACCGUUUGGUGUGAGCAACCUUUUCGCGGGAAAGAAGCCAGCUGACGACGUUCCAUUAAAUCCCUCUCCAAGGCAACAAGCGUUUUCCCCACCCUCUACGGCAAGCUAUAAUCCAAGGAACAUUAAACAAUUGUUGAGAAAACGACUUUAUAUAGGCAAAUUGGGAUUUUAAGCAUUACAACUGUUACAAGUUGCCUAAGUUUAAUAUAAUUUAUUUUAACUAAUAAUUUACAUAACUAUGUGUAAUUUACAAUAGACAAAUUAUAGUAAAAUUAUACCGCCUU